UGGCCACUAACUUACCACCACGAUAUCUCGAGUCGUCGACCCAGUAUACGUUAGAAAGGCCUUGCAAAUAUAUCAAACAGCGGAAAUUUUACUCCUGUUUUUAUGUCCCUGUUGAAUCACACUGAUCGUCAAUCAAGUUCUAUCUUCUCCAAAACUCCCGACUCUGAUGUAGAGAUCGUGUCUAACGACAAUGUGGUUUUCUAUCUACACAAGAAAUACCUCGAGAUCAAUAUCGGAGCAUUCCCUCCUGCGGAAACACCCACAAACGGCGAACCUGUCUGUCUUUCGGAGUCUUCGGAAACGCUUGAAAUACUCUUUCAGUUCGUAUACCCUCGCAGAUAUCCGCUACUCGAAACCUUGGACUUUGAUGCACUUAUGCUUCUUGCGGACGCAGCAGAGAAGUAUGAGGUGUUCCCUUUGAUCUAUGCUUGUCGAUCUGAGUUCAGGAACUUUCUGCAAACCAACUCGAAAUCUGUUUUAGCUUUUGCAGCUAUGCAUGAUUAUCGAGAGCUUGUGAUCCGCCUUGCGCCAACAAUGCUUGACUUGUCCAUCCCAGAACUAGUCAAUAUUCUUCCGAACAAUCUAUUAAAGCCGUGUUGUAUUUAUCAUGAAUCCUACCUCAACGCAGUUAAACAAGCCGCGAAAGAUGUUCCCGAACACCAUUGUGGAAACUAUACCCAAUGGUACCGAUCUUUACUACGGUCACUAUCUGAAAUCAUGGACAAACCGAGUAUCAUAAUGCCACGAAAUCUGGAUGCAACAUUUGAACGUUUCUUAGGGUCGCUGAAUACAAGUAAUCACUGUUGCCAAAAGGCACUGACUACUUGGAGGGAUAGGAUUAAAUCUAUAGUUAUUGCGCUACCGCCUCUUUCCCUUCCACAUUCUACCGCAUAGGUAAGUAGCAUGUACUUGUACACUCGCAAAAUGGAUGCGUUCCGUUUUAGUGUCACAAAGCUGG